AUGCAAAGUCAGGACCAUUAGACAAAGUCGAGGACAAGGUCAGGACCAAUUUUCAUUUCAUUUUACAUUCCUUCUGAGAAAUACACCAUGGCACCUAAACCAAGGAAAGGUGGCGAUAUUACCCCUAUCAAGGAUCCUCGUUUCGCUCAUGUUCACCGAGACCCUCGUUUCAGGAGACCUCAAAAGAGUGACUCCAAGGUCACUGUUGACUCUCGUUUCUCGUCCAUGCUCAAGAGCAAAGAGUUUUCUAGCGCACCCAAGGUCGAUAAGUACGGAAGAAAGCUUCAAAGCGCUGGUAGUGAUCAACAGAUGAAGCGAUUCUAUCAACUUCAAAAGGGCGAAGCUGGAAGCGAUGAGGAGAGUGAAGAUGAGGACGAAGACGAGGACGAAGACGAAGACGAAGACGAAGACGAAGACGAGGAGGAUGAAGAUAAAGAUAUCGAUUCUAGUGUUUCUGGGUCAGAUUCUGAGGCUGAGGAUGGGUACGAUCCUAUGCGUGGUAGAGGCGUUAUCAGUGGCUCUGAUUCUGAUACUGAUUCAGAUAUUGAUGAGGAAGCCGCCGCAGAAUUGGAUGCAGAAGCCGAGGCCAAUGUUCAGGAAGACGAGGAGGAGGAGGAAGAUGAUAUUCCAAGAGGAGAUGAAUCACGCCGCUUCGCAUGCGUUAACAUGGAUUGGGAUCACAUCAAGUCCAUAGAUUUGUUCAAGGUCUUCCAGGGAUUUAAACCUGAGAAAGGUGCAAUCCGUUCAGUCAAAAUUUAUCCAUCAGAAUUCGGCAAGGAGCGUUUGGAACGCGAGGAACGUGAAGGACCUCCACCAGAGAUUUUUAAGAAAUCAUCUCUGAAAAACAAGUCUGAUUCAAACGAUGAGGAGGAAGAUGACGAUGAUGUGGAUGAAAAAAUGUUAAUCAAAAGUCAGACGGAAGAAGGCAAUGAAGAGAUUGAUUCAGAGGCUCUUCGUAAUUACCAGCUCGAUCGUCUCAAGUAUUAUUAUGCAGUUGUUGAUUGCGACUCUGUCGAGACUGCCAAGGCCAUUUGUGAUGCAUGCGAUGGCGCUGAAUAUGAGAGUAGUGCCAACUUCUUUGAUCUUCGAUAUAUUCCUGACGGCAUGGAGUUUGAUGAUGCACCAAGGGAUGUGGCCUAUGAUGCUCCUGAGAACUACAAACCCAACGACUUUACGACACAGGUUUUCCAGCACUCUAAUGUAAAGCUAACCUGGGAUGAAGAUGAUGCGGACCGAAUCAAGGUUACACGACACAAGUUUUCAAAACAGGAUUUGGAGGAUAUGGAUUUCAAGGCAUAUCUGGCCUCGUCAGACGAUGAGUCAGAGGAUGAGGACGACAUAGAGGCCAUUAAGCGCAAGUACCGUGCACUGUUGUCUGGUGGCAAAAAGGAUUCCGAUGACAGCGAUGCUGGUGAUAGUGAUGAUGACAAAAAUCAAGAGAUGGAGAUCACAUUUGCGCCCGGUCUCAGCGAAGCUGCUGCUGAACUGUUGGAGGCUAAAAAGAAGCGUGAGCAGACUGUGCACGAAGAGACUUCAAUUGAGGCAUACAGGCGUAAAGAGAAGGAACGCAAGCAGCGCAAGAAAGAAGCUCGUGCCGCUAAGCUUAAAGGCAAUGGCAACAGUGAUGAGGAUAGCGAUGAUAGCGAAGAUCAAGGUGGGGAGGCUUUGUUCUCCGAUGAUGAAGAUGAACGUCUCAUGAACGACCCUUACUUCGCGGAAGAGUUUGCGGGCGAUGACAUGAUGGUGCCUAACAAGAGUAAGAAUAAGAAAGGUACUGAUAAUAGGAAUAACAAUAAGAAAGCCAACAAGAAGAAGCGUACCAAGGAGGAACGUCUUGAAGAUAACCGUAAGAAGGCUGAACUUGAGCUGUUGAUGGAGGACAACCGAGAGAGCAACCAGCACUUCAACAUGAAAGAGAUUGAAAAGGCGGAAAAAAAGAAGAACAAGAAAAAGAAGAAUAGGAGCGGUGAUAAGGAUAAGGGUGAGGAUCUGCAGGACGAUUUCAAGAUUGAUGUAGUCGAUCCACGCUUCAGUGCUGUUCACGAAUCCCAUCACUUUGCAUUGGAUCCUACCAAUCCUAACUUCAAGAAGACUAAAGCCAUGACUGAGCUGCUGCAGGAACGUCAGAGGAGAACUGCAGCAAUGCAUGAGGAAAAUGAAAAGAAAAUGAAAGAGAAGCAAAAUCAGGGCAACAAUAAUACCAACAACAAAAAGAACAAAGGCAGCAAUAGUAAUAAUAACAAAAACGAGCCCAAGAUCAAGGUCCAGGGUUCGUUUGAAGAUCCAUCACUUUCCUUAUUUGUUGAUACAGUCAAACGCAAGAGCGCCUUGGCGACAGAGAACUCUAAUAAUGGCAAGCGUGCACAACCAUCACAACAGUCUCGCAACGAUAAAGGGAGCAAACGUGCCAAGAAAUGAUAUAGAACUACAUCACAUCACUUGUAAUUGCAUCAUAUGUAUAAAAAAAAAAACAUAAACC